AUGAUUACUUCAACUAUGUACACGUGUUUUGCGUUAGCAAUUUUAAACUUUUAUUUUGUAAAUGGUCAUCCAAAAAGUAAUGGCGCUGAGGAAAAACCGUAUACAUUUUAUACAAGGGAAGACUGGGAAGCAGUUCCACCUAAAGAUGGCGAACGCAUACAAACUCCUGUACCAUACGUGAUUAUCCACCACACCUAUCUGCCAGCCGCCUGCAACACCACUGCACAGUGUAUGGCUGCAAUGAGGUCCAUGCAGAAUUAUCAUAAUAGCUUGGAAUGGGGUGACAUAGGAUACCAUUUCUGCAUAGGCAGCGAGGGCGGAGUUUAUGAAGGAAGAGGUUGGCACACGGUCGGCAUACACGCUGGGCCCGCGAAUAGAGUCAGCAUCGGUAUAUGCCUCAUUGGAGAUUGGAGGGUCGAGGAGCCCCCACAAAAGAUGUUGGAAGCGACACAAGCUCUUAUCGCUACUGGAGUACGUAACGGAGCUCUCAGUGUCGACUAUAAAUUAAAAGGACACAAUCAGAUUAUGCUAACAGAUUGUCCUGGCAAUGCCUUAUUCAGUAUUAUUUCUAAAUGGGACCACUUUUCCGAUGGCAAAGGAAUCAGUAAAGCA